CUCUAUAGGUAUUGAGAGCGAUGCAGAAUAUCCAAGGGGCGAUCGAUCGAUCGGGACGGAGUACUUGCUUGCUUUGCUUUUGAGGGUAUUUAUUUGUCAGGGUUGGUUGGUUGGGGGCCAUUCAUUCAUGAUUUCAAUUUCCUUCCUUUCCUUUCCUGCAUCUCGUCGGGCGUCUUGCAAGGGAUGGGCGUCUACCUACCUUACCUACCUAGCUUUCUUUGUUUGUGCAUGCAUGCAACGAAAACUUCCUCCUCCUCAUCCUCAUACAAAGGAAAGGAAGUUUCUUAUCGGUGGCUGGCUCUUACUUAGUGUUUUAGUUAUAGGGAAAUUCUACAAGUGUUGUUCUUUUACUUUUACUUUUACUUUUACUUUUACUUUUACACAGUAGUGAUUAUUGACUUGACUUGAACGAAC